CGACUCAAACAAAAAUAUCAAACAAAAACAUUAGGAAAGUGAGCUGCGGUCGCUGCGGUGAUCCGCGCGGGAGAAAAUAAAAAUCUGAAAGUGAAAGUGAAGUCGUUCUCGGUAUAAUCGGUUUUUUUUUCACGAUGGGAAAAUGUAGACUAUGUUCCAAAGAUACUCCUAAAAAUAAUCGUCUGGAUGCACGUCCCUUUCGCGAGAAAGUCCUCGACGUAAUUUGCAUGUGGAUUGAUGUCAAUAACCGGCGCUUGUCCAAGGAUGUGUGUGAUCCGUGCUUCAAAAUCGUGGACAAAUUUUACACAUUCAAGCGAAAAUGCCGCACAAUUCAAUCCGGGCCCAAGGAGCCAGAGCAGGUUCUUCCGGAAAAAGAAGUACCGAUUCCUGAAAAUAUCGUCAAUGGAGACUUCAAGGUGGUUGCCGAAAGCAUCGAUGUUUCCAAAGGAGAAGAUGCUUCUGCCGAGGAGAUGAACUCCGAAGACGAAUACUUCCGCAGUCUUCCCCCGCUGAAGAAACGCAAAAAAUAUCCUUUUAAAAAAUCCAACAAACCACCGGAACUCGACGAGAAUGGUAAACGCAUUAUCAAAGCACGACCGUGGAAUCGAAAGUUCAAGGAAGCCAUCAACCUUCCCCCGGAUGAAUACCGUCAAUAUGUGAUGAAUAAGAAGAUUGCGCAGAAACCGGGCGUGGUGUGUGAGCUGUGCGGCAAAACCAUCGAUUGUCGUCGUAUAGAUGGGCACCGGAACCGGCACCUCGGGUUGGAGCCGUACGAGUGCGAGUUGUGCGGGGACAAAUUCAACUGCAAGCACAAUCUAAGAUCGCACCAUCGACGCAACCAUGUCGCGGGUCAGGAAUGCACGUGUCCGAUAUGUGGUAAAGUGUUCGCCUGUCGGCCAUCGCUGCAGUCGCAUACAAAGAGCGUGCACGGAGAACGCAAUUUUCCGUGCACGUUGUGUCCACUCAGGUUCAACAACAAAUCCACGCUGACAUAUCACCUAAAAAUUCACAAUCAAACCCGCGACUUCAAGUGCGAACUGUGCGGGAAGGGAUUUUACUGCAAGUCGGUGUGGAACAUUCACAUGCGAACGCACAGCGGCGAGGCUCCCUACAGGUGCAGCGUGUGCGAAGCAGCCUACGUUCAUCGGAAUAUGUACGUGGCACACAUGAAAAAGAACCAUCCGGGUGUGCCGCUCAUGCAGCUAAGCGGAAAGAAAGGAUUCAAAGAGUCGCUGCUCAAAAAGGGAAUUGCGGUGGGCGAUCAGCUAAAGAUCUCGUUGGGAAACCAUCUGAUCUCGGCCCACAGGGGGCAGAUUAGACUGGUUAAACAGAAUGAUUGUCGGCGCAGGAUGGCGUUUCGUCUGGUGGAGGAAAGGCGAGGAUCCAAGAGGCGGCGAGCGAAUUCUGAUGAUGAACCCUUUCAGGGGUUUUCGCCCUCCCAACUACAGCCGCCCCCGUCUAGAAACGAAGCCCACCCUCAGGCGCUCGGCUGUGCUACUCCAAUAGCAAAGCGAAAACCGACACAGGGCCAGCUGGAUGUUGGUAUAGAAAGCGAACUAAGGAGAUCGUCUCGCAUCCGGAAAAAGAAUAAUGAAGAAAUGUUUGUGUAUUACAAAUAAUCGAAUUACUGUUUCAGUUAGUGUAGUUGUAAUGAAUAUUAAGUGAAUUAAACCUUUCAGAAUUUAAAGAAUUCAUUCGAUUAAAAAAAAUUGUAAUUUUCGGUUUCAAAUCUCGAUAUUAAUUAGGUUAUAGAUUUCGAACUAUAAAAGGGAAGGCAUUGUAAGAUUGUGUUCUGGUUAACAUGUUUUCGACUGUUCGGUCUGAACCCCUUUGAUCGACGAAUAUUAGAAGCGAGACAGAAACAUACGAAACAGAAAACCGUUCAACAAUAUCAACAAUACAAAUGUAUUUAGUGCAUUCAUGGAAAGUGUUUAUAAGCGAAUUCAAUAAAAUUGAUUAGUCUCUUUUUGACGAUAA